AUGGCAGGAAGAAGAGAGCAUGCCACGCCAUCCUCUCAUAAUAGGGACACAGUUAAUGGAAAAAUGGCUGGCGAUCCACUAUUUGAGAUGCCGCCAUUCCCACCGUGGAAUACUACUGAAGAUAGAGCAUCAAAUGAAAGAAGUCUCUCAACACCGUUAAGAAGAAAAACCAAACGAUCAUUAAAAGUGAGUAUAGAUAAUGAUUCACUUCGAACUUGUCCGACAAAUGUAGUAAGUGAGGAAGAUGUUCAGAAUGAACUUACAAACGUUGAAUAUGAUUUCCAUCCAUUCACCACUAAGAGAUCAAUCAGCGAAACAAAAAGAAAAAAUUGGUUGUCAGCUGAGACUGCAGAGCAUUGUUUGAUAUUCCAUAAAGAGGGCCAUUUACAAGGAACCGUUAAUUAUAGACCCGAUAUUAUGAUUGAUUGUGAGCCAAAAAGUACGUCAGGAUCAGACAUUUUAAUUGACUAUCCCGAAAACAUAAAGGAUUCAUAUAGUAAUAUACGAAAUGAUAAGAAUAAAGUGAGAAAGUCGAAGGACACUGGAAACAAUGGACAAAUCAGAGAGUACAAAUCACCUACUAAAUUACUCGAAUUGAAAAUAUUUUGGGAAAAUUCUGAUUUACUUAGCCAUCUAGAUACUGACAUGGUUGUCAGGCAAAACGAAAUUUUACUGAGAGAACUUGAUGAAUUAGUCAAUGUGAAAAAACAACUUAAAAAUAGAAAGCACUAUACUUCUUUAAGGGAAAGAUGCGACCAGAUAUUAGAUGGUAACAGUAAGUCAUAA